CAAGGAUGCGUAGGGUCUACAGAAUAUCUCUCUGAAGCAACCUCAACUAUCUGAUUUCUUCAACGUUCACUUCGAAAUGUCUGCUACUAUCACCGACACCGUGACUACACCCAGACCUGCCCCGUCUAUGAGGUUAAUCAAGAACGGCUUCGGAGCCGAAAUCUUCGGCUUGGAGUUUGCCAACGGCGUAAGCGAUGACGGAUAUUACUUUAUCGAGGAUGCAGUAAAGAAGCAUGGAUUUGCUGUUGUACGACAGACAAAACUGGUCGACGAGGCCCAUCUUGAGUUGGCUCGCAAAUUCGGUGACCUCGAUGAUGUGACUCCUUAUAAUACAGCCGGCCGCAUCCACCGUUUGAAAUAUAACGAGCUGUUCGACGUUGGGAAUAUUGACGACGAUGGCUCGAUAGUCGACCUGAGUAGCCCGCGUGGUGAAGCCAACAAGGGGAAUUCCCUCUUUCACACUGACUCCAGCUUUAACCCUCGGCGAGCUGGGUACUCCCUCCUUCUUGCUCAUGAACUCCCUCCUCCUGGCACUGGUGGUUCCACUGCUUUUGCCGAUAUGAGGGCUGCGUACCGUGACCUUGAUCCUGAAUUUAAGAAGUUUCUGCACGAUAAAGGGUUCAUUGCCCGGCACUCUCUUCUUCAUUCAAAGAAAUUGGCUGCUCCCGAGUCCUUCAAGGAUAUAGAGCCCACAGACCACUUUAUGAGCCGCCACUCGCUGCUUCAAAUACACGAGCGUACCGGAAUCCACACAAUCUACCUCGCAAAGCACAUCCAUUCUCUCGAAGGGGUCUCACCGGAGGAGUCUCAGGCUAUCCUGGACAGGCUUUUUGAGCACGCGACCCAGGAUAAAUACGUGGUCAACGUGGAGUGGCACGACCCAGGUGAUAUGAUUGUGUGGGAUAAUACAUGCACAAUGCACCGGGCCGUCGGCGGCGAGUUCCUCACCAAGGUCGGAGUUGGAGAGCCGAAAAAGCCGCCAUGCGUGGCAUGUUAUGAGUCGGGGAGCGAGUGCAUUCUCGCAAGCUCCCGACGCGGAGGAAACUUCCGGCACUAUCGGCGCCUGUCACCAGCGGACGGUGAUGGACGCGAUCCAUCCAGCGCAGAACCCUCUGACGAUGACGGCCGUGCCUGCAUAGAUCGUUCCGGCAACGUCUUGAGCAUGGAGUUGAGGAAUCCCUCUGACGCCCUGCAGAUUCUGGCCCUCUCGGGCGAUCAUGCUGAAGAGGAGCGAAAUACAAGUCCGGGCACUGCAGCGGACACUGUCCUGCGAGGCAUGGACGCGGCUCGUACUGAGUCAAUAUCUACUGCCUUUGAUGAUUACGAGUUGGUUCAAAAGGGGGUUCUGCGGCCAGGUCUGGUGUCUGAAUUGCUACUCAAAUAUUCCCGCUGCUACCACCCAUACUGUCCAAUUGUCCCGUCAUAUAUUCUGCGUACUUCAAACAGGAGGCCAAUUCAGAAAUCAGACCAUUUUCUGCUCACUUCUAUCCUUACCAUAGCCUCCAGAGACGAUCCGUCCCAUUCUGAUACUCACCGUGAGUGCUGGGAACAUACACGACGGCUCAUGGUUGACGUUCUCCUGGCCGACCACUGGACCCAGACUCCGAGAACCGUAGAAGGUUUAUUGCUUUUGGCCGAAUGGCUACCCCAUAUCCAGAUCCAAGGAAGGUCCGAGACAUCCAAGAACCUGUUCAGUGAAGACAGAACGGCGUGGUCUCUUGUUGGCCUAGCGGUGCGACACGGCUAUCUUCAACGUCUUGACCAGGGUGCCCUUCCAAUUAAUAGCCACAGGGAGGCGAAAGACCUCGCAGAUCAAAGUAGACUCGUAUGGGCCUAUAUAUUCUUGGCAGACAGACAGAUAUCCGUCCGACUAGGCCAAUCCUUCUGGGCCCGAGGCCCCUCGCUGGCAGCCAAAUUCACAGCUAAGGAUUUCCCAACCCUCCAGCCACACCCAGAGAACGAGAAUGAAGACUAUGCAUCAGCCCUAGAAGCCUCCAUGGGCCUGGUGCAGCUCCUGCAUAACGCCCACGCAAUCCUCUAUUCCUCGAAGGACAGGACACGCUCCAUGGUCUAUGAAGGUUAUUACGCACGAUACCUCGAUGACUUCCACACCGCCGCGAAAAGCUGGCAUUCUAAAUGGUCUGAUCUACCGGCAUCUCCAAGAGUAAAGAGCACGCUGCUUAUAAUGUACGAAUACAUUUCCCUCUAUACAAAUGCGUUUUCAUUCCAGGCUGUCCUCAUGCGGGCGUCGGCACACGAUCAACACAGUAAACAGCUACUCUCAGAUGGAAUCAUGGCAUCCCCCGACGGCCGGUUCAUCUUCGAUGCAAUCCGCGCCGCUAUGAACCUCCUCGCCCUGAUGAACAGUCUCGACCCACACCAAGUGAUAUGCUAUCUCCCCUCGCGUUACUACUUAUAUGGUGUCUACGCCGCCGUUUUCCUCCGCAAAGCCGACUGCGCAGACGCAUUUCCAACACCCGACCACCGCGAAGAGGUAACCAGCCUUGCGCGCGAAUUCGUCUCAUGUCUCGAAAAGGCGCCAUCGACCGACUCACACAUCUGUCAUGGCUACAGCCGAAUGUUGAAGCAACUCUGGAGUUCUCGAGAGCGAGAUAGAGGUCCGGAAUCCGCGCCUGAACAUCUCCGUGCCGACUUCAAUCGCCCCCCACGAUCCAGAGACAAUUAUCCACAGCACACAUCUCGAACCAACGACAACGACGGUAGAACAGCUGACACUGACCGUCUUACGCCGUCGCGGCUCCUCGACUCCUUGCCUGAGGACGAUGGAAACGCCUUUUCUUCUAUCGAGGGAUACCUGCUCGGAUCGUUUAUGCCCGGGAUUGCAGAUUGUAGCACGCCUGGGUUUGUGGGCCUUGACUUUAGCGCAGGAGUUCAGGAUUGGGGCUUCUCUGAUGGAGUGGACUAUCAUUGCGUGUAGGUUAAAUAUAUCUUGUUCAUGCCAUGCCCUUACCAAGACCAGUGGAGUAAUGACUCUGGAUGCC